AUGAAUUCAUCUCAAACAAGAAAUGAUGCUAUCGCUCCCAAGUCAUCUGAUUCUGCUCGGGUUGAGGUUUUAGAUCUAUCUUCUACAGAAUCUACACCCAUAUAUGCACCGUCCAACAACCUGGCAGUGGGGAACAUUUACAAGCCAUCAGGAAUCGGUCUGCAUUUGAAUAGCCUAGUGAAAGCAUUGCCCGUGGGUUGUGCAGCAACCUUAAAAUCAACAGAGAAUGCAGUGAAUUCUCAAGCUUCAUCAAAAGCAGUUGAUGGGUUAUCGAAUCCAAGGGAGCAAAAUUCUACUGCAUGUCAUCAAAGGGAAUGUCCUAAAUUGAGUCCGCCAAAGAAAAGGAAAAGGUCAACAGGAUCCAGUGAUGGAGAUGGCUGCAAACGCUGCAACUGCAAGAAAACAAAAUGUCUGAAACAAUACUGUAAUUGCUUUGCUUCUGGAUACUACUGUUCUGAAACUUGUUCUUGCCAGGGGUGCUUUAACACCCCCGAAUACCAAGAUAAAGUUCUUGAAACAAGGAGACAAAUCGUGUCUCGAGAUCCAUUAGCAUUUGCACCCAAGAUUUUGCAGCGUGUGAGUGAGUCCCCUGCGAAUAUUACUCAGUCAAACGUUGGAUGCUCUGAUAGAUGUCGAUGCUCUUGGUGUAAAAAUGCCUAUGGCAAGAAAGAAGAAUAUGGCUCAGGUAAGCAAAUUGGCAACACAGAAGCCACCAUGCCAGAGAUAUCAUAUGACCAGAAGUUGGAAAAUAUCUUGAAUUCUGUGUUCAGCAUUCCUCACAAUGUGACAAACGAUACGAGUAGUGAGGCAUGCCCUGGAGGAGGAUGUUUUUCAUCACUAAACUCGUGCCAAUUGUCUAGUUCACCAAUCAGAGCAGUGGUUCCAUCUGGCGGCAAGAGACAACCUCCAAAGCUCUUUGAUCUUGACAGCUGGUGUGACAACAUUUUAGAAGAUCUUGUCAUACCAGAGACACUUAAGGAAGAUCACAUCUCUUUUUCAGAAGUAAACUUAAGUUCUCCGAAUGAUAAAAGAGUUUCUCCUACACAUAGUCACUUCCCUGAGGUAAGACCUAGCUCUUCUUUCAUUAGACUUGGACCGGGCAAAUAUAUUUUGAAGGCUGCUCCAUCAUUCUCACCACUUGCCGGCUGUAAUAUUGAUGGCAAAAGCGCUAGUAGUCCAAGUACAAAUGCUCCAGAUUAUAGAAAUAUCUAA